ACAUAGCGGACACUAGAAGAUGGACGCGCAGAAGGUUCGAAAGCCCGACAGCUGCGGUGGGCACGGCGAGGCCGGAGACAUCUGAGCUUUCUCAGGCCACAGCCAGAGGCCUCAUAAAUAAAUGGACGCGGACUGAGAGGCGGCACGAAGGCGGGGCGCUUCACAGACCCGGAGAGGGAAAGGUGCCCGAGGCAGCCGAGCUGCGGACCGCGGCCGGGGUGGCUCCAUCACUGGAGCCGCGGAGGGCUUCGGUGGGCUAGCGGGGAAGUUAGGGCCCCCAAGGCCCGAGAAGGACCCCCAAAGCUUGGCCGGUCCCUCAGCAAACGGCCGGUGUUGGUUCUUCAGAACGAAGCACUUUAUCCACAGCGGCGCUCCUACACUAGCGAGGAUGAAGCCUGGAAGUCCUUCCUGGAAAACCCUCUCACCGCAGCAACCAAAGCAAUGAUGAGCAUCAAUGGGGACGAAGACAGCGCGGCCGCCCUGGGCUUGCUCUAUGACUAUUACAAGGUUCCAAGAGAGAGGAGAUCGUCAACAGCAAAGCCAGACGUUGAGCACCCAGAACCAGAUCACAGCAAGAGAAACAGCAUACCAAGUGUGACUGAGCAGUCCCUCGUUUCUGCUGGAGAAAACAGAGUGCAAGUACUGAAAAAUGUGCCAUUUAACAUCGUCCUUCCCCAUGGCAACCAACUGGGCGUUGAUAAGAGAGGCCAUCUAACAGCUCCCGAUACAACAGUCACGGUCUCCAUAGCAACGAUGCCUACCCAUUCCAUCAAGACAGAAACCCAGCCCCAUGGCUUCGCUGUGGGAAUCUCUCCAGCAGUGUAUCAUCCUGAGCCCCCUGAGCGGGUGGUGGUUUUCGACCGGAACCUUAAUGCUGACCAGUUCAGCUCUGGUGCUCAACCCCCAAAUGCUCAGAGGCGAACUCCAGACUCUACCUUCUCAGAGACCUUCAAGGAAGGCGUUCAGGAGGUUUUCUUCCCCUCGGAUCUCAGUCUGCGGAUGCCUGGCAUGAAUUCAGAGGACUAUGUUUUUGACAGUGUUUCUGGGAACAACUUUGAAUAUACCCUGGAAGCCUCAAAAUCGCUUCGACAGAAGCCAGGAGAUAGCACCAUGACAUACCUAAACAAAGGCCAGUUCUACCCUGUCACCUUGAAGGAGGUGAACAGCAGCGAGGGCAUCCAGCGGCCCAUCAGCAAAGUCCGAAGUGUGAUCAUGGUGGUUUUUGCAGAAGACAAAAGCCGAGAAGAUCAGUUAAGGCAUUGGAAAUACUGGCACUCCCGACAGCACACAGCUAAACAAAGAUGCAUUGAUAUCGCCGACUAUAAAGAAAGCUUCAAUACCAUCAGUAACAUUGAGGAGAUUGCGUAUAACGCCAUUUCCUUCACUUGGGACAUAAACGACGAAGCAAAGGUUUUCAUCUCUGUCAACUGCUUAAGCACAGAUUUCUCUUCUCAGAAGGGCGUGAAGGGGUUGCCUCUUAACAUCCAAAUCGACACCUAUAGUUAUAACAACCGUAGCAACAAGCCUGUGCACCGGGCGUACUGCCAGAUAAAAGUCUUCUGUGACAAGGGAGCUGAAAGGAAAAUCAGGGAUGAAGAACGAAAGCAAAGCAAAAGAAAAGGCAAGUGUACUGACCCCAGCUCCCAGUUGAAUGCCUUUUCCGACGUCAAAGUGCCACUGCUUCCCUCUCACAAACGAAUGGAUAUCACGGUUUUCAAACCCUUUGUUGAUCUGGACACUCAGCCUGUCCUUUUCAUUCCCGAUGUGCACUUUGCCAACCUUCAGCGGGGAACUCACGUCCUUCCUCUGGCCUCAGAAGAACUGGAGGGUGAAGGGUCUAACUUGAAAAGGGGUCCGUACGGAUCAGAGGAUGACUUUGCCAUUCCAACUCCUGCUAAGCUGACUCGGGUGGAAGAACCAAAGAGAGUGCUGCUGUAUGUGCGGAAGGAGUCAGAGGAAGUCUUUGAUGCCCUGAUGCUUAAGACUCCGUCUUUGAAAGGCUUGAUGGAGGCCAUCUCAGACAAGUAUGAUGUGCCCCAUGACAAGAUUGGGAAAAUAUUCAAGAAAUGUAAAAAAGGGAUUCUGGUGAACAUGGACGACAACAUCGUGAAGCAUUACUCCAACGAAGACACCUUCCAGCUGCAGAUCGAGGAAGUGGGGGGGUCGUACAAACUCACCCUCACUGAGAUCUAAGGGCACACCGCCCCCCCCCCCCCCCCCCAGCGAGUUCAUGAAGGUCUCACGUAGGUCUUACCCACCGGAAGCAGGUGCAUCGCAGGCGUGGGCGGAUGCCGGUGGAAGGGACUCCUUUCGAGUUGGAGACGGCGUUGCGUUUGGCUGGUAGAUCGCGUUCGACACGCCGCACUGGCGCUUUUCAGGCAGCCGAGGAAUCCAUAUGCCAUCAUGUUUGAAUUUUCUGAUAUAGAUACUUAGGAUUAAAAGUGAAACCUUUAUUCCAAGAUUGAAUAGACUCUCUGGGAACCUUUAGAAUAUCUGCUACGUUAUUUAUAUAAAAAUACUGGAAUAUUUGUCUCUUCGAUGUUAGUGGGCCUGCUCACCAGUGCAAGUCAGAAGAGGCAGCGGGCUUGGCUUUCAGGGUGCUGUGCCCUUGCCCGAGCUCAGCGUGACCGACUGCCUCAGGGUAGGGGGAGCGGCGCCCCAAGGGGGGGGGGUGCGCCCUUUCUCCCUCAGCCUCUCCGCCUCCAGAAAAUGUUUACUCAAGUAGGGCAUGUUCCUGAAAUCUCCCCGUGCAACUUUCUUGAACAUAUCACCUGCCUUUCUCAUGAAGAACCUAAAUGGGUGACAGUGUGAAUCAGUUAAGCUAACCCUGCAUUGUAUAUAAGUGCAAUACGUUUUUGAAGGCCUGUGUCUGUAAAUGUGUAUAUACGUGUCUUAUACAAAUAGAUAAUAUAUAAAUACGGUGUCUGUACAUACAGCAAAGAGAUGCAACAAGGUCUACCUUGCAGACUUUCCCUAAACGAAAGGUUAAGUUAUUUUUGGUAACGUCUACCAAGCAGACCGAGUCCUGUGCUUGGUGGAACUCACCAAAACGCCUCGUCUGCGUCCUCGCCAACAGCAGUCAUCCCAGAGCACGGCAAAACCUGCCCAAACGGCAGAGAUUCUGUUUGCUCUUGAGAACGCGGUUGGUUAUUCGGAUUUCUGCCCUGACGAACGAAGUAAAGGAAGGACGCCAGCGCAUUUCCCGUCUGUUGCGUAUGCCGUUCUCAAUCGUGUGUCCCCGCGAGAGUGAACACGCAGCAAUCCUAACGCAUGCUGCGAUUAUCGUGGCCUCGGCGACACGACCCCAAAUGGAGUCCUUCCUCAUCUUCCUGUUAAGCGAAGUGAUUCCUAGUCCAUCGUGUUCCAGAGCCUUCCGGCUUCGAGCACCUUGCGUGCUGCAGACCAUUCUGGAAAGCACUCAUGAGUGCAUGAGACUGUAUUACUCUGGCAGGGGAACAAUUUGUACACGUGUUGAAAUAUAUAAAUGUACUAAAGAGCGUAAUUUUAUAACAAGUACAAUCACGGGUAUCCAGGUUCAGGGAGCUAGAGUAGGUCAUUUGUGUAAGUAGGACUUGUAGUUGCAUUUUUACGUUAAACUGUCCUAAUGAAGUAUGUGAACUAAAUUAAAUUGCUGGUUUUCUAAGAUAAGAUACCAUGGGACACGGGUCACGACUAUUUUAUAUUUUGUGUUAUGAAAUUAAUUUUUGUCUUGUUUGUUGUUUUUCACUGUAUCACUGAAGAUGCAUUUUAAACCAAAGGGAUUAAAUUUUGUAUAUCUAUUUCGUAA